UGAGCAAAUCUUGGAUCACAUCAAUGGAUGCCAACAGGAGGGGCAGAGCAAGUCAUGGAUGGAACUGAUAGAGAAACAACUUUAUUGGGCCAAAACAUGAGUUUUAAAUGCUGCUAAAAAACACUUUUUUUUACGUUUUUUUUUUUUAUUUUAAACAUUGAGGAUCUGUUGCACUUUGAAUACUCUAUGCAGCUGUACAAUGUUAACGUUUCGGUCAGGUGCGGAGUGCGGUGUACCUGUGAAGGCGUUGGUCAUCUGUUCUUUGUUUGGCGCUUUGAUAUGGAGCCCACUAUUAUCUGUGGGUAAGAGGACCUCCCAAGAAUCAGAGUUCAGCAAAGAAAAAAGAGGUCCCGGUACUUUUGGCGCCAAUGACGACGAUGACGAUUGGUCCAGUGACCAAGCAUGGAGCGCAGGGGGUCUCCUACGCUGUCCUCCAACCUGCCGGUGCACGGAAACUCACGUGGAUUGCUCUGGGGUUGGAUUAUUGGCGAUCCCUUCUGCCAAGGAGUGCCCACCAGACACCGUCACCAUGGACCUUUCAGGAAACCGGCUUACCGCGUUCCGUGCGACAAUCCUGAGUGAGCUCCGGAGCCUCCGAGAACUCAAUGUAAGUCACAAUCAAGUUUCCAUUAUUGAAGAAGCAGGGAAGGCCUCACUACCCCAGCUGCAAACAUUAGAUCUUUCUGGCAACCGCUUACCAUGCGGAUGUCCACUACGUGGUUUAAUUUCACAUAUGGCAAAAGGAGGAAGACUGAUCCUGGACCAGGAGGUGGAAAUCUGUCUUCGUGACUCCAGUUUGCUACCGACGCCUUGUGCGGCACACUAUAUCUCAUGUGUAUGGGGCCCUCCACGCCAUGUGCUGCAUUACUCUCUCAUCACCCCGGGUCCUUUCUCCAAUAACAGCUGCCUCGUUCUCUGUUUCCACCAUGGCUAUUCUUAUUAUGGAAUGGACAGUGUGCAGCGUUGCCUUUGUGGCUCAGUCACACCCGAUGAUGAUGAUGAUGACCCCUGUUCGGGGGUGUGCUCAAGAGAUGGGAAUAUCCACAUGUGCAAUAAGAGUAUCAUUCAGGAUCUCCAUGCUGUGCAGGUGACAAUAUUGCUCUCAGCCCCGUCUUACUACAAUGUUUUGCAGCCUGUCUGGUUCCAAGCAGAAGCCUCUAUCCCUGCCACCCAGUUUGUUUGGGAAUUUCGAGAUGGAAGCCAAUCAGUUGUCACCGCUAAUGGCAUGGCCAGUCAUAGAUAUAGUCUGCCUGGGAAAUACACAGUAAGAGUAAGAACAGAAGCACCGCAGCCAGAAGCAGAGACCACGGUGACCAUGGCAGUAGCAGUAGACAUGGCGGAGCUGUACUGCCCGGCGGUGGCUCAAACAGGACAAAGUUUAGAAGUAUGGCUACAGGCCAACCAGGGAACGGAUCUCCAAGCUGUCUACAGCAUUCAGAUGGCAGAUGGUCAACUAUUGAUAGAUGAUUCCUCCUGUCCCCGUGGAGGCAAAGUUUUCCGUGAAAAUCUCCGCUGCUAUUGGCUAAAUCAAGUGAAGGAAUCAUUGUCAGAUGCUCGUAGUCGUUGCAGAUCAAUACCUGGAGGGGAUCUGGCAUACAUAACCUCUGCUGGUCAGAUCAGCUUCAUCCAGGAGCUCUAUAGAAGUAAUUCUCCAGUAUGGGUGAAAAUUUCACAAUCCCUGAAAGAGGAGAACGGGAGACUCCUGGUUGAACCCGACUCGAGUGUUCAUAAUAUACAGGAGGACUGCCUGCGUCUGUCAUUGCUACCUGGGGAGGCUUAUCAAAGGAGCCCAUGCCUAGAGAAAGCACCUUCUAUCUGUGAAUGCCGAGGAGGAGUUCAUCUCCCUGAUGCUCCUGUGUACCUGGUAGGCGUUCCGAUAUUUGAUGACGCCUACACAGAGAACGCCACAUUAUCUCUUUCAAAUACCAUACCACAACAUGAUAUUAAGGUAAUGGUUUUUCCUGGUCUGUGGUUCAGCCACUCGGGCUCCCUGCUUGCCUUGGAUUUAGGGAUUUGGCCUAUACAGCAUGAGCUCUUGGUUCGAAUUCAGAUUCUGCGUCCAUUCUGCAGUCCAGAACAGCAUUUGAUCCCACCAGGUUGUGUAGCGCUUUGGUCUCCAUUUGCUACAUGUAACCCUCAGCCACUGUGUAACACAACUGGUGACUGUCCUAAUGGAAGGCAGUGGUGCCCACUUAGUGAGACUUGCCUGAAACUCAACCGUCCAUGCAGCACUUAUACCUCCACACAUUACCCACACCCACCUCGAUUCUCACAGGCUCCUCCUUCAUAUUCACCAGUUGCUGAUGUACUGUUGCAGCUCAGUCCCAACAUGAAGGAACGAAACAUACAAGUCCAGUUGUCCCACAUGUCUCACUCUGUGCAUCCUGAAGAUAUACUUUCCAUCCAGCACAAUGGAAACCAAGAGUCCUUUUUACGUUGCAAAUCCAGUCCAGAUUCACCCUGGCGGCAAACCUAUGCCAGCAUGACACAACAAGGAUGGCUAGAAGACUCUUUUCUGCCAGAUUCUGCCACCUGGUUUGACAAUGUAGUCUGUGACCUUCGUGUCAUCUAUGGAUCAGAGUUACGUAGCCUAGUAGUAUCCUCUUUGUUGAGCAGUUUUCAGGAAGAAGGGACGUGCGUAUUCAGUGCCGCCCUGAGCAAUGGAGUUAGCUCAACAGUAGCAAGCUGUGAUAUUACUAUUCUGAGUCCUGUCAGUGAUUUACAGAUUAUAUACCCAGCAUUAGGAACUGAUUGCCUGCAUGUAGUCACCCAUCAUCCAACCCUUGUGGUCAUCAGUGCUCAGAGCUCCAGUCCAGCUCAUGUUCAGUGGUCAACAGUGGCACAAAGUGGAGAGUCAAUGCUACAGCAGGAAUGUCCUUCAGAUGUUUCCUCAAAAGUAUCUGUUUGUACCACACUUUCAAUAAAUGUUGGUUUUGCUUGGAUGUGGAUGAAUCUUGACCACCCACAAACUACUAGACUGACCAUCUUGGUGACCAAUGAGGUCAGUUCUAUCAAUCUCACCAUGCCAAUCCAGUCACAUGAUGUCAUUCAAGGACUCCGAAUUCACUCUGAUGGCCCAGAUCUUGUUAAUCUCAGUCAGACACGGAUCUUCACAGCCGAAGUGACACAAGGGUCAUCUGUCACAUUCACAUGGACCAUGGAUAACAAUGAAGGAUUCUCAUAUAAAGGAGCAAGCUACAUGGUGACAUUCAGGACUCCAGGUGUCUAUAAGCUUAAACUAUUUGCUCAGAACCCUAUCAGCUUCCAGGAGGAAGAGAUACUUCUACAAGUAGAAGGAAGUUUACCACUGCCGGAAGCUGAGCUCCUUGUCUCCUCCACAGUGCUGCUGGCCUCUGAGUCUCAAACUAUUUUAUUCAGGAUACAGGUGCAAAGAUCAUCUGAUGUGGCCAUAAGCUGGGAUUUUGGAGACGACAGUCCACUGCUAAACAGAAGUUUCUGUGCUCCUCAUGAUAUGCAGAAUUCUAACUUCUUGGUCACUUUGAAUGACACAGAACAUCAUGUAUAUGCCAAAGAAAGUCAUUAUCAAGUGACUGUAAAGGCUUAUACUGAUGGCUCUGAGAUCACAAUGACUUUACUGUUACAAGUUGUCCAUCGACUCUCCAGCGUGAGUCUGAAAGUAGACCAUUCCACUCUUGAAGUUCGUAAAAGUACAUUGUUCUCUGUUACUUGUCUUCCUUCUACCUUUGGUGUGACUGUCACAUGGAAUUUUGGUGAUAAAUCUGACAUUGUCCAAACUAAUGAUUUGCAAACACAACACAUCUACAAAUCACUUGGCACAUACAAUGUCACAGCCACUGUGACAAAUGGACAAAGCUACGUAACAGGAUCAUUAAUGGUGACCAUUGAAGAGAAAAUUGAAGGCCUGCAAGUGUUAAGCAAUGAACCAACUGAACUGGGAGCAGAAAGCAUAAUAACCUGUUCAUUGACUCAGGGCACAAAUGUUAUAUGGAAUUUCUAUAUGGGGGAUGGUAUAACUUACUCUAACCAGUCGAAGCCUUCACUAACCCAUACAUACUCCCAGUGUGGCAAUUUUACUGUUAGAGCAGUUGCUAGAAACUCCUUGAGCUACAUAAGUAGUUCCAUUGUUAUUCAGAUUUACAUGAUUCAUGUCAAUAAUGUCCUCCCUGAUGUUAUCACCAGUCAUUUGAAGACUCAAUUUACUGCAGACCUCACAGGACCACCCUUCUUGCUGAAAUUCCACUGGGACUUUGGAGAUGGCAGUCAAUCAAUAUUGGUUGAAGGAAAAGCUGAAGUGUGGCAUAGCUAUGUUGCUGCUGGUAAUUAUACACUGAAGCUAUUGGUGAGUGGACAGAAGAGCAGCAAAAUUUAUAGCAAAAUAAUUAUAGUAGAAGAUCAGAUAAUUGUGGCUACCAUCAAUGCAUCAGCUUCAGUUACUAAUGUGUCCCAGUUAAUCCUUUUUAAUGCUUCGGUGCAACCUCCGCCAGAUCCAGUGCACCUCUAUUGGUAUCAAUGGGAUUCCGGCGUUGGCAUGUUACCUCUCAAUUCUUCCUCAUCAGAGGCCACAUGGGCUUACAAGUUUGAAGGAAACUACAUUGUCACAUUGACUGUGUGGAAUCAAGUCAGCCAGUACAGGACAAAGUCUCAUGUGACUGUUCAGAGACCCAUUACUUCGGUUUCCAUAAGACAUAAUGGGGGAGAUGUAAUCUCAGCUGACAUUGAGGUAGAAUUUACUGCAGUCGUCUCUGAUGUCUCUGCCAAUUUCCUUUGGAAUUUUGGUGAUUCGACUUAUGUGGAUUUUGGACAAAAUGUCUCAUACACAUUUCAUGUGUCAGGCAAUAUAACUGUCGGUGUCAAGGUAAAUAACAGCGUGAGCUUCGGUGAAACCUCUGUUAUAGUAUAUGUGCAAAUUCCGAUCACAAGAUUGUGUUUAAGUGCUGACUAUGUGGUGGCAAGGACUAAGCAAAAGGUCAAUUUUUUUACAUCCUUGUCUAGUGGGGAAAGUGUGCAAUAUUACUGGUCAAUGUGUAACUCAUGUCUAAAUGUGACUGGACCUUCAAAUAUCUCUCAUAUAUUCACUGAUCCAGGAACCUAUAGGGUUAGAGUGAAGGCACAAAAUUUAGUGGGCUUUGCUGAAACAUUCCUCAUGGUAGAUGUGCAGGAGCCAAUUGAAGGUGUUAACGUACAUCAAGAGAACCCAUGUAUUGUUGGCUAUGCUGGUCUAACGGAACCCCUCACUCUAACAGCUAAUGUUAUCAAAGGCACCAACCUUACAUUCCGCUGGGUGUUGUGGCCUGGGCCAUGGGAAAGCAACAAUUCAUCUGUUUCUUUCUAUCCAACUAAAUUAGAAGUAAUUUUGGCAGAGGUUUGGGUAGAGAAUGCCUUGGGGGGUGGGUAUGCCCAAACUCAAGUCAAAAUCUUAGAGAGAACAAGAGGUGUUUACAUUCAGAAAUCGGCUAGCUUUGUUGGUCUUGGAAAUCCAGUCAACGUAACUGUAUUUGUUGAAUCUGGUAGUGAACUGGAGUACAACUGGAAUCUUGGGGAAGGUUCAGCAAUGCCAACUAGUCAAAAGAAAGCUGUGACUUUAAAUUUCCUUACCCCAGGUUUAAAGAACAUCACAGUUACAGUGUCCAAUGCUUUGGGUUCAACUAUUGUGUCAACAGUGUUGACUGUGCAAGAAGUUUUGUCCAACCUUAGCAUUGGCAUUGAAGACGCAUAUCAUUCCCAAGCAGUUUUGUCGCACAAAAGGAUUCUAUUAUGUGGUUCGGUUGAAAAUGGCACAGAUUUGAUGUGGAAAUGGACCGUGUCUGGAGCAAAAAAAGAUGUCACAUACAAUACUCAAAACGUGUCACAUAUAUUCACAGAACCUGGGCAGUAUUGGCUGUGGCUUUGGGCCUGGAACUUGGUGAGCAAUGCCAGCACAUCUGUUUUAUUAUUGGUGGAGGAUCCAGUAAGUGGGUUUAUGGUCAGCACAGAGAAAAACUUCUUCUGUAUGGAGCAAGAAGUCAACAUUUGUCCCAGUGUCCGCCAUGGCACAAACGUGUCCUUCACAUUGAUGGUUCCUCAGCUGAAUCUCACCGAGACCCUCAUUAAUAACUGUGGUCACUUUAAUUUUCCAUUUUCUGGCACAUUUAAUAUUUUGGCCGUUGCGUAUAAUAAAGUCAGCAGAGCAAAUUUUAGCCAUAGCAUUCAAGUUGCAGAGAGCCUGAAAGGGUUGAAAGUGAUAGGUCUUCCAUCUUCUUGGCCUGUGAAUCAAACAAUGCAUUUAAUGGCCACCCUGGAAUCUGGAUAUGCCACCAGCUUUCAAUGGACCUUCCAACAAGUCGGACAACCUGAGUUUACCCUUAUGGGUCAAUCCAUAGAAUUCACUUUUCUCAAAGCUGGAACACUUCAUGUUCUUCUCAAUGUUAGUAACCCCUCAUGUUUCUCCACAUUUACAUCGUCAGUGAUCAUCCAAUCACCAGUAACUAAGGUUUACCUGCAGAGCAACAUCAAAGAGGUUUUUCUGAACCAGUGUGUCACAUUUUUUGCUGUUAUAUCUGAUGGGUCGGACCUUCAUUUCCUCUGGACAUUUGAAGGUGAAGAUAAAAAUGUUACAAGUAUGGAGAAUACAGUUGAAUACUGUUACAGCCAUGAAGGGAAUUUUGUGACUCAUGUUUCUGCUUUCAAUCUGGUGAGUGUAGUCUAUGCUCAGACAACAGUAAGAGUUCGGUCACUGGCAUGUGAACAGCCCCAAGUCCAGAUAUUAGAACCACCAAAGUUCUUGUACAAAUCCUUUGGUGCUAAUUUUGAAAUCAGUGUGAAUCUAAGAGGAUGUAUCAAGUACAAGACAGUAUAUCUAUGGCAGCUUUAUAAAGGGACAGAUUGCUCCAAUGAUUUGUUAACUGCCCCAGAAUUGGACACGUCAAAAACUUUUUUGUCCAUUCCUGGACGCACACUUAGCAUUGGGAUUUACUGCUUGCUGUUCACCAUCACUCUUGAAGGAACACCGCUCUCUAAUAAUGCAACACAUGUUUUUCAAGUCAGACAUAGUUCACUCGUUGCUCAGAUCCAAGGAGGCUCAAAACGAAUUUGGCCAAUAGACAUCGACUUGGCUUUGGAUGGUACGCAAUCUUAUGAUCCUGACCUGGAUGAAAGACAGAAAGAGAUGGAUAUGGAAUAUGAAUGGAGUGUGAAACAACUGGAGAAUAUGGGUACAUCCUGCCCCUUGCCAUCUUUGCCUGGACUGCCAAGGAUCUCGGUCAUUUGGGCAGCACCUUGUCCUAAUAACUCAUUCAUCUUCACCCUAACUAUAUGGAAACCUGGAAGACCUGCAGCAACAGCCCAGCAGAUAGUCUUGCUUCAACCUGGCAAAGUGUUACCAGUCUUUGUUCAAUGCAUCUCAUGCCAUUCAUCAUCUCCCUAUCAGUUCAGCCUUAGUGGUCCUGUGAUUUUGUAUGGUGAAUGUUAUACUUGCCACAAUGAUACAAUGUUUACUUGGAGUGCUGUUGACUCCUUGGGGAACCCUUUGAUGUUGGACAGGAACACAACCACCAGUGGGCCAUGGAGCCCCGAGCUUGUAAUCCGGAGAGGGGUCCUACAGAAUCAUCUGUCUUAUACGUUCUAUUUGCGGGCUGUUCAGCAGAGAGGAUCUGAAUGGGGCGAAAGCAGCAUCAUCCUUAUACCGAAUAUGCCUCCAACUGGGGGGAAGUGCUCACUGCUCCCCCAACACACUCUCGUGUGGUUAGAAACUCUCUUGGAGUAUACCUGCACAGGAUGGAGGGAUCCUGAUUCAGGGACUCAGCUCUUCUACUCCUUGUCAGUUGGGCUUUGCUCUGCCACAAGUUGUCAGAAGCUCCAUUUAUACCGAGGACUGAAAAGCCAGUACAGUGUGCGGCCUCCUGCAGGCAGAGAGCUUGGCGAGAUUCGGGUGUAUGUGGAAGUGGAAGACAUACAAGGAGCUCGGACUCUGGCGUUGAACCGCACUUUAUUGAUUUCGGUGUCCCGGGUAUCACCUGGUAUUUCUGUGACAAACUGGCUGAGGAAUUACAGCGAGUCUAUCUUGGAGAACAUGCGUGUCGUGGGUGACACUCUGCUGGUGAUCCAGUUAGCAAUGGAGAUGGUCACUGCUGUGAGCCUGGGUGAUAAUAUAACUGAAGAAGAGCACAAUUAUCUUAGGCUUCUUCGAAACAAUGUGACCCAUGCUGUGUCCUCCUUAGCGGUCUCCAGUAUGUGGGAAGUGGCUGCAGUUAGCGCAGCCUUGACGCAAUGUGUGGGUUUUCGUCAUGAUGUGGAUAUGCCAGCAUGGCUAAAUGUCCUGAAUGCCACAGAGAAGAUGAUCCAUGUGCUGAAUGAGAGGGGUGAUCAGGGACAACGACCUGAUGCUGAUGUACCACAGAACAUCCUCACUUUAUUAGGUGGUGUUUUGGCCUCCUCAAAUUCGGAUGACCUAUAUCUUACUGCCAUUGAUCUGACAAAGGCCCUGACAGUUUCUCUUGGAAGGUCACUUGUCACAGGUGAAGAGCCUCUACUUCUCGCUGUUCCUGGUGUUCGGGCCCAAGUGACACGAGUUCCAACCAAAAGCCCCUUGUGCGCCGUUUCAUUGUGCCAAACCUCAAAAUCUCAAAAUCUGUUGCAUACCUUGUCAAGUCACCGUGAACUUCUUCAAGUGACCAUGGAGCUAGACGAUAACCCAUUUCCUUCUGGACUUCCUCCAAACCUUACCAUCUCCUCUCAGUUGGCUGCCUUGGAGUUCACAUCCAUUGAUGGAGAGCCUGUACCUGUAAAAGACUUGCCCAAAGAUUUGGCAAUCCAGCUGGCAUUGCCCAUCAGGAAGGACAUUGCUUUAACGCCAGUAUCAGCCUUCAUACCACCAAGAGGUAGUGCCAGUGUCACAGUGACUACCAGCAUGGCACACAGAUCAGCAGGCGUGCAUCUUCACAUUAGUUUUAUGCGGCUGAAUGAGUCAGACUGGUCACUUGAAGUGUCCCCGGGAUUGUUAAUUUCAUAUGGACCCCUUCAGUUCUUCAAUACUUCUGACAUGCAAAGGAUUCAUACAUUAAAGUUCUCAUUGGAUGAGGAGAAUACACGGAAUCUCACUCUGCUUCUCCCCAGUACCUGGAGUGGGUCCUUGCUGGAGUAUCAAAUCAAUAUCACAAGUCUUCUCUCUGUCAGCUCAGUUUCGGUCUCUGUCAGCCUUUUCUCCAGCCUCUGCCAAUACUUCCAUGUACCAAGCCUGACAUGGAGAACAGACGGCAUGAGCCCAAGCAAUGCCAGUCUUCCCCAUCAAGCUGUGUGCCGGGCACAGCAUCUAACUCUGUUUGGAGCCAGUCUGUUUGUACCUCCUCACCAACUCGUAUGGUUGACCCCUUCUCCUCGUCGGUGGACACUUGCACUGUUGUGCUGCUCGAUUCUUCUAUCUCUAUAUCUGCUGCUGGUCCUGAUAACGCACAAGCUGGACCACCUGGACUUGUCAUGGGUAGGAACCAUUCCACUGUGCGGUCCGCAAGGCCAGUGCAGAUACUGGGUGCUGGUGAAGACAGGCUGGAGGAGGGAGGCAGGCACUACUGCCCAUGUUGGCAUCAACCUAUAUGGGCUGAACAAAAGUGGAGCCCGUCACUUAAACAGCAGGGGAGGCCUGACAACAGGAAGUCUCGAUAUGUUCCAGGUUGAAACCGACACCAACUUGGGAGAGAUCUGGAAGAUUCGUGUGUGGCAUGACAACACUGGAUUGUCUCCAUCAUGGUUUCUGCAAUAUGUUGCUGUAUGGGACAAACAGACGGAUUUCCUCUACUUCUUCCUGGUGAAUGACUGGCUGUCUGUAGAGAAUGAUCGGAAUGGAGGAAGAGUGGAGAAAGAAAUCCUGGCAACCUGUCCUCAGGAGUUCAGCAGCUUCUCCCAGGUGUUCCCCCAGCAGCUCUUCCUCGGUUUAACAGACUGGCACCUCUGGCUGUCUGUGUGGUGGCGUCCUGCACGAAGCCGGUUUACACGUGUUCAGAGAGUCACGUGCUGUGCAUUGGCACUUCAUUUCUACAUGGCAAUCUGCUCAUUGUGGUAUGGGGCCAUUGGAGUUCAAGAGGGAAGCUCUGUCAUAGGACUGCAGUCUCUGGUUACAUGGGAAAGUAUUUUUAUCGGAACACUUGUGUCUGUGAUGGUCGUUCCAGUGCAACUUAUGUUCUCAUUUCUUUUUAGGGAAACCCGUAGCUUGGUAUUUGUAGAAGAUUCUGCUACCUCCACCCAAUCUACAGAUCAGGAUAUUCAAAUGGAUGCAUCAUCCCUUUUGUCUUUACCUGGAAAAGCCGAUUCUCUCCUGGACAUCAGUUCACUCAGCUGUGCUUCCAUAAACAGCAGUAAAUGUACAUUUGACCUUGAAAAGGGUGGCAGCUGGUUUGCAGAGAGAUCUGGACCUGCCUGGACGUCGUCCUGUGAGAGCCUAUAUGAUGCCCGCGGUGAUAUCCUGACUGAAUCAGGACUUGGUUUCAUCCAACCUUUAUGCAAGGAUAAAGUAAAGGACCAGAGGGGGUUCCUGUCGUCCUGCAGCUCAGGAGAUGAUCCUCUGUCAUUAUUGGAGGGGUCCAGCGGCAGUCCACAUUUCACUCUUUCAGACGGAAAUUUACUUCAGUCCAUUGCUGCGGACACUCAAAUGUGGAAACGCAGCGAAGAAUCGGACAGCGGCAGGUUUUCACCCCGGCCAGAUCUUGGCUCACCCAGCACUGAAAGUGGUUCCAGCCUCAUGACGGAGAAUGAGGACUGCUAUAUGACUCGAUGUUGGAGUGAGAGCCACCAGUGGUGUAAGAGGAAAUCAUUCUCUUCUUCUUCUUCUUGUGCCUCAGAGGGGACCAGUAAUGAGUCUGAGCUUCAGGAAUGCUGGGAUAUCCCAUCAGCCUCUCCUUCCCCUUUCACAACUCGCAUAGGGAUUCGAUGGAAGCCUCCUGGGUGGCUAUUCCCUCCCUGGAUGCUGCGGGUGGUCUACAUAAUGGCACUCAUGCUAUUAGCUGGUUGUUUUGCUGUCACUGUUCUCUAUACCUCAUCACUUUCUGAAUAUGGCUUCUUCCUAUGGCUCAUAUCAUGUAUCUGUGCACUGCUGUCAUCUGCUCUCUUCUUGGAGCCACUCAAGGUGGUGCUGCUUUCACUGUACUAUGCUCUGUACUGCCCCCCAGUGCUCAGUGAAGGUAUGGGUUUGGUGGAGGAGCCCCUAAUUAGAAAGAUAAAGGAUCAGCCUGAUAAAGUCCGAGCACCAGGGGGCUUCGGCCUACAACAAGCAAAAAAGGAGGCAGGGAGAGUGCGUGCGCUGAGGUCCAUGAUCCAGAGUUGUACAGGUUACAUGGUUUUCCUCCUCCUGGUGCUGCUGAUGUAUUUCCACAUCAGUUUUCAUGGCAACAACAUCCGACUCCUUCGUUCAGCCAUAAAGCAAUCUAUUACUGACUCAAUUGAUAAUAACACAAUACGAAGUGUUCCUAAUGCCUGGCACUGGCUACACAUCACUCUACCAGCUCAUCUGUACCAGGACCGCCGACUGAAACUUGUGAGGUCCCCUCGUUUGUGCCAACUUCAUAGUCUACCUUCCAACGUGUUAGGUUGGGCUUCAACUUUCCAGUCUCUACCACUCUCAGAGCCAAACAAUAAUUUUACUGUGGGGUCAAACUUUCCACUGGAUUAUAGCAGCUUGCUACAGAAACCAUGUCUUGAGCUUGGUGACACGAAGGAGAAAACACUUGACUUGAUCAGAGCCCUGGAAAACUUCCAUUGGAUCAGUAAGAGCAUUCUUCAAGUGGAGAUCACACAGUAUCACAAAGAUGUUGGUCUUUAUAUUUCUACCAUUGUUCAUGUGGACCUGUCACCCUAUGCAAACAAAGCUUUUAGGCUCUCCAUCAUUCCAUUCCACCUUGAGAAGCCAGGACACGGUCUGAACUUGCCUAUGGCACUAGCAUUCUCUCUCUUGCUUGCUGCUCUGCUUUUCCUGUAUCCAGAACUGGCUGCCUUGGUUGGAUUCUGUUCUUCGGGUUCAUCCUACUCUCCUCACUGGACACGGCUUCUUCUUGGGCUGGCAUCUGCAGCUACGGGCCUUGUUCACAUUGGCAGAGUUUGGCUAACAAAGCAUCGGAUGGAGCAAUAUCAAGCAAAACCCUGGGUGUUUAUCAGCCUGUAUGAUGUAGCAUUGCUAUCCCGAACACAGGCUGCCCUGUCUGCCACUCUGCUAUUACUGAUCAUGUUGAAGGUUACACAACAGUUUCGGUUUGUGCGUCGCUGGGCGGUGUUUGUCAAAACAUUCCAGUCAUUAUGGAAGGAAUUACCUGGUUUGGUCCUUUUCAUUGCUGCCCUUCUCCUGGUGCUGACUCAUUGCAUGAAGCUGGUGGCCGGUGUAUUAUUACCAGCACACAGUAUCUCCUGUAACAAAUUUUCGGACUUCCUGUGGAACGGUCGGAGCUUCUGGCCCAUGCUAAAAUGUGACCCUAGUUUUGGAUGGUUGGGGCUGAGUGUCUUGCUGGUGUGCAGGGGGCUUCUGUGUGGCUCGGUACAGAAUAGCUAUCGUCGUACCCGAGCCGAAUUUUACCGUUUGGCUCUGGAACCUCAAGAUUAUGAGAUGAUUGACUUCUUUGUAAAAAGGUUUAAACUGUGGCUGGGAGUCAACAAAGUGAAAGAGUAUCGCCAUAGUGUCAAAUUUGAAGGCCUAGGAUCUUAUUCUACCAAAAAGUCUCCAGCCUCCUCCCAUAUUCCAGCGAAGACUGAACCAGUCCAUCGACCACCGUCUGUGGAAGCACAAGACCCUCCAAGUAGUCCUCGACCUGUUCUUUCACCUGCCCUGGCAGUGGAACAUCUUCCCAGAGCAAUCUCUGACCUCUUGGAUAAGAUGGACAAAGUCACCCAGGUCCUAAAAGAAGUGAGCACCUUGGAGCAGAGACUCAAACUUUGGCAAAUAAAGCAAAAAUCUACCAAGCUGCUGCAUAAGGAAACUCCCGCCUCCACAAUGGAUAAGCAACUUCUACCUCGGACCUAUAGUACUUUUUCAGAAUCUGCCCUAAGUAGCAUAAAGUCAAGGAUAGUCAAGUCUAACAGCUACAGGUUCUCACGCUGGGCAGCGCCGUUAAAUAUAGGCUUGCCAAGGCACCCUGCAUCAGCUGGUCAGUGCGACAGAGCCAGGUUGCCUACGAGAAGACCCCACAGCCAGGAUAGUUCAGGAGGCCUCAUACAAAAUGAAGAUUUUAACCGACCAUUUCCUCUGAAACGUAGAGCCUGGGACUCGGAGAAACCGGGGGGGUUGUGCCACAGUCCAAGUGUGACUAGUGUUAAAGGGAGUAUAUUGUCCUAAAGGAUACCUGUACUAAAGGAAACACAGGGAACCUUCAUGCACCUCUUUCUAAAAAGACUAGUAGCCUGUCUGCUUCUGGUUUCAAUAUGUAGUCACUAAGCUGGAAUAGUAUGAUGAUUACAGUAGUUAAAAAGGAAUACAUGGUUGUUCCAGGUCAAUGAUUUUUUUUUUAGAGAGUAUUAAAGAACUACAAUCAAACAGGGAAAUAUACCAUUGGAAUAUAUAUAU